AUGCACCGCAGAUUGUGGGCCAAGCACUAUGUGGCUUUGUGGCGUCAUCUGUGGCGCCGCAACAAGGGAGAACACUAUCGGCACUGUUAUUCAGUUCUCGGGCUUUCCGGUGCUCCUACGCCACCUUCGGCGCUCGCCCUCUCGCGUGCUGUGUUGUUGCGACAGGUUUCUAUUGCCGGGCCUGUCACCUUACUCCAGCUUCUUCAUGUGCAGUGGCAGGAGACUCCUAAGGUCGCCUGGCUUGGGGAAAUUCGCCGAGACAUCCAGCACGUAGCCCAGUACGCGCAAGCGGCUAGGACACUGCUCGGCACUCGUGAUGCUGUCCGAUCGUUGGUCGAGGCGCUGCAGGAUGACCCGGACUGGUGGGUUCGACAGGUCAAGAACGCUUGCAAGACCUCUGUUACCGAUAUGGUGAGCUGUGCGCCGCCGCCAUCGUCUGCCAUGGAUGGAUGCCGCGGAGCAAGACCGCCCGAUGCUGCAGCUACCAGGGCGCAAGUUCACGGUGUCCCUAGGAAGGCGCAUGCAUGCCCCUGGUGCGAAGCUUCCUUUGAUAUGAGGAAGCACCUAGGUGCUUUCGCACGAUUGCUCGGCACCAGUCGCAUCUCAAACACAAUGAUGAAUGUCAGGGAGGUCGAAGGCACCGAGGCCAGGCAGGCCAAGAGCCUGCGCAGGGGCGCAUGGGACGCUUUUACAGCGGCCCUACCCACUCUUCAGAGCCAUGGCCACAAGACCCUCACCACGGCCGAGCGCAUCGACCUUCUUGGGGAGGACCUCAAUUUGGGUCUCCUCUCCCGCCUCUUCCGUCCCGACCCCACCUUCUUGGCAUGGGUUUCAUCCUUCAUCCAGAGCAGAUCCAAGGAUGGCCCUAGAGGCUAUGCAGCCGCGUUCUGGGACAAUAG